AUGCCAGACCAUGACAGCUCAGCCCUAAGCAGACAGACCAAGCGACGCCGCGUGGACAUCGGGGUGAAGAGGACUGUGGGUAGUGUAGUCUACGCUCAGAGAACCAGAGAGACCCUCCUAUUCAACACCAUGAAUCAAUCCCACGGCCCCGAGCAGGACAGAGGCUGCUCAUUGGUCCCUCACAGUCACGGUGGGUCCAAUGGGGACGGAGAGAAGUCCAAUGUUCUCCGGAAGCUUCUGAAACGGGCUAACUCGUACGAAGAUGUCAUGAUGCCUUUCCCUGGCACCACCAUCAUCUCUCAGCUGCUGAAGAGUAACAUGGGGAAGAAUGGAGACAGCGAGGGAGGCUUCCAAGGUAGUGGCGGUCUCUCCAGCGCUGGGUCAGAUUUCCAAGCGGAGGAUGUCUGCAGUAACUCCUCCCGAGACAGAGACAGCCCCCUCGCCCCCUCUCCUGCCCCCUCCUCCCCCUGCCUCCCCCCCUUCGGCCGCCCCCCUCCCCCCCACCCCUCUCUUACCCCUCUGGACCUGGAGCGCCUCACGGACGAGCACCUGCGUGCCAAACGGGCCAGGGUGGAGAACAUCAUCCGGGGCAUGAGCCAUUCCCCCUGCGUGGCUCCACCUGCUCUCCAUCCCAGAGAGAGGGACAGGGACCGAGAGAAAGGGAACAAGACGGGGAGAAGAGAGGACAGGGAGAGGGAAAGGGACUGUCCCCCACUGCAGCCUCCCAGCCCUGGGUCUCUCUCAAGAGGGGGAGAGGGGUACAGGGAGAGCCGGGUAGAGACUAGAGGAGAGGGGUACAGGGAGAACAAGAGAAAGCAGCGUCUCCCCCAGCAGCAACAGCAGUCCUUUACUCAGCUGGUGUGUGUCAGACAGGAGAAGAGACAAGAGGAGAGACGACAACUCAAACUACAGCUAGAGGAUAUGCAGAAGCAGCUUCGUCAGCUGCAGGAGAAGUUUUAUCAGAUCUAUGAGACUGAGACUGAGGAGGAGGAGGAGGAGGAGGAGGAGGAGGAGAGAGCAGGAGGAGGGGAGGAGGACGGGAACCUGUCAGAGAACAGCGUCCGCUCCGACGGUUUGGAGAACACACGCGGCAACCGUAACCGUGCCGACGGUAUCUGUGAUGACCUGUCAGAGUUGGUUGACGACCCAGGUCUGUUUCUGGACCGAGCCAGAGCACUGUUACGAGAACAGGCCCUGGUGGCUGGAGAGAAGGAUGAGGAGGGAGAGAAGGAGGAGGGAGAGAGGGAGGGGGGAGAGAGGGAGGGGGGGAGGAGGCUGAAGAGGGAUUGGGACCGAGGGGAGAGAGGGGCAGGAGGGGGGCCGAUGCGAGCAGAGGGGAGGCAGCUAGCCGAGACUCUAAAACAGGAGCUCAACUCUGCCAUGUCACAGGUGGUUGACACCGUGGUUAACGGGUUCAACCAUAAACCACCCAGCCAUCAUCAUCUUCAACACCAUCCCUCUCAUCACAGUGGCUCCCAAAACCCCCCCUCUGCCACUAAAGCUCCCUCACAGGCCUCCUUCCCUCGCUUCCCCCCCUCCCUCGCCACUGACUCUCGCUUCGGGGGAGUCAGCAUGAACAUGAACGGCGACAGCCCCAACUUUCCCUCAGCCAAUCAGAGGCUGCCGUGCUUUGGCGACGUCAUCAUCCCGAGCACGCUGGACUCGUUCGGGGGCCUCAGUGUUCCGACGGCCGGUGACCAGACAGAAGCAAUGCCUCUAGUGGUCAGGAAGACCAGCGCCGACCCACACCAACAGAACCCCUCUCUCCCUCCUCCUCCUCCUCCUCCUCACCCCCACCACCCCUCCCUCCAUUCCUCCCCCCUCUCUGCCUCUCUGGGGUUCUCCUCUCCCUCCUUCCGACACCCCUUCCCCCUCCCACUGAUGGGCUACCCUUUCCAGAGCUUCUCCAAAGACCAGCGCUCCUCCCCUGAGUCCAUGGACCUCUCCAGGGAAACUGUGGGGCUGCGGACCAAGAUGGUGUCGGGCGGGGGCGUCCAUUUUGUCUCCCACCACCACCACCACAGGCAGAGCUCUCCGCCCCAACAUGGAGGAGGGAGCGAGGGGCUGUCGCUCAUCAAGUCAGAGUGUGGAGACCUUCAGGACAUGGCUGAUAUAUCACCUUAUUCAGGAAGUACU